CUCACAUGAGAUAUAUACUGAUUUGUAAGUUUGGUUCCCAUUUGAUUUCAACAGUAGAAAUUAAUUGGAACUAUCCAAACCUAGAAUGGCUUCGGAGAUGAUGAAUCUGAAUACUAAUCCGAAUGUGUCGCAAUGGAAUCGCGAGAGCGGAUAUAAGUCCAUAAAAAGCAAAGCUGAAUAUCCGAUUCGCUUAUCUGAAUUAGGUGGAGAAACUGCUCUCCGAAUUGCACUCAGAACUAACGAGGAUGACUUCGAUUACCUAUGUGGUGGAUUCGAACAAGAGUUUCGAGUGUUUUUAAGUACACCUGGCGAUUCGUUAUAUGGUCAAACGCCUCUCAGCGUGUCCAUUGGAGAAGACUCUCAAAUGUUGAUUUCAUCCAAAUUAACCACAACUUCUGAUGGGCUGCGUCGUUAUGCACCGCACCAACGUCAAUGCUAUUACAAUUCGGAGCGUCCAUUGACUUUCUUCAAACAAUACUCCGAGCAGAACUGUAUGGCUGAGUGUAUGGCGACGUACAUAAAAGACAAAUGCGGUUGUGUGAAAUUUUCUAUGCCAAGAGAAAACAGUACAAGGAUCUGUGGCAGGGACAAACUCGAUUGUUACAGAAAAAAUACACUCCAAUUUCGCCUUGACCGUGUCGUGUAUUCCAACAGUACAUGUGAUUGCUUGCCUGCUUGUAUCUCAAUUGAAUACAAUGUUGAAAUUGAUCGAGUCAAAUUCAAUACGACCGCUGCAAAUAAAGUUAGCGGUCUCGAAUCGGGAAUUCACCAAACACGAUUGUCCAUUAGUUUCAAUGAUCGCGUGGAAACCGUGAAACGAGUGGAAUUGUAUACAUUCUCCGAUUUCCUAGCUAUUUGCGGCGGUUUGCUGGGAUUAUUUUUGGGCAUCUCCGCAUUGAGCAUCAUUGAACUCGUUUACUACUUCACUCUUCGUUGGUUCUGGAUUGUUCGACGCUCGAGAACCAGAAAUAACUUAUAAUAAUUUUGGACUUUCAAUACUUUUACUUACAUCGGUAACUUUUUGCAUUAUUCUAUUGAUUGCUGCACGGUUUGAUUGACGGCAUUUGCAAUGAAACAGUACACAUUUCACAAGAUAUUCAUCGUCGAUCAUUUUUGCGAGUAUUCAUCUAACACAAUUUCUCCUUUGGUUUGAGUGUAAAAGUAAAAUGUUCAAUGUAUUUACAAAUCACAAAAUUCAAUUUCAACUCAUAUUUUGUGUCACCCUAGAUCUAUUUAUCAAGCCAAGUGAGAAUAAUUUCUUCUAAAUGACUCUAUCUAUAAUGAUGGACGUUUUAUUCGAUUUAACUAAAGUAUUUGUCAAUAAAUCAAUUAAUAAAAUAAUCAAGAUAACUGUACUUAUUUUAUAU